UUUUUUUUAGGCAAAGGUUGAAACAACGAAAACAGCUGCGAGCACAAAAAAAUACAAGGCACAGAAGAGGAGAGACGUGGUCAAGCCAAGCAGCGAGCUAUGUGGCAAGAAAGAGCCGGAUUAUGAGCCUGAAAGUGUCCGAUGAUUCUACACGUCAACUGUCCGGCUAAGGAGGCUAACAGCUUUUAGCAUCGAAGUCUUUUUUUGUGUGUGUGUGUGUGUGUGUGUCGCCCUGAAACGUUAUUACCUGAGCGGAAUCCGACAACGCAGCAGUGAGAUAACAAAAAGGCCAAACUCCCAAACGACAGGGACGCGUCCGUUCAGACCUCUACGUCUCCUCACUCCAGCUUUGGUCUUAAAGAGGAAGGAAGUAAAAAGGACAGACAACAACCCCCGACCUGAGGAGACACUAAUCAGACGGAGACAAGAAACAUCCAAACACCAGAUGAAAUACAGGAAGUAAGAAAGGAAAGAAGACAGAAAGAGACGGUGUCUUCACCGUCCAUCCAUCUGUCAGUCAGAGGAUUCCAGAUGUGAUGCUGCGGCCAUGAUGUCACUGCGAUGCCCCGCCCCACGUCCAGGUGUUCAGGGAGGGCGUGUCUGGCUAUGGGCCAACACUCAAGGAAAGCCCAGUAGAAAUCUUUGUCCUUUCUGCUCAGAGACUUUUCGUCCUGUCCUGCAUCGCUGACACUCACCCCCAUCGAUUAUAGUUCCUGUGCUCAUUUCUUCCACUCCUGCUCCCCGUCUGGAGUCCUGACUCGUUUCCUGGUCGCCUAUCUUGGGAUGUUGGUGUUGUUCCCUGGCUGUUACCAUGGAGACAAAUGGGUUCUUUUACUAGGCCAUUUUGGACACAACCUCCCAGAUGUGUGUCCACACUGUUAGACAAGGACGGGCUCAGAGGUGCUGUGCAGUUCAUCUUCUUAAUUCAUACUGCAUGACAACAUCCAAGCAGGACCUCUAGGCAUUCGUCCUCCUGUGGAUCUUCGUCCUCCUGUGGAUCUUCCUCCUCCUGUGGACCAUCUUGCUCACUUGGACCUCCAGUACUUGACGCUGUUGCACAAACCCUGGUCCAGUCCUGAACCCUGCACCAUAGAAACCAUGCGGCACAUCCACGUGGAGUUAGCCCACAAAAAGGCUCCAUUAGAUCUUCCAGCCCAGGAGGGGGAUCUGCCUCCCCCCACAGCCCCCACACAGGGUCUGGACCCGGGGGUCCGACCCGGGGCUCCCAGGCUCUUUGGCCAGGAGGAACUACGGCUCCAGAAGGUUUACCAGCUCUCCAUUUUCUCCCAGUUGGGGGGAUUUUCUACCUCCACUGAGCCCCAUGCUGAACAACAGAGGCCUGUGCGUUUGGGUGUGAAAAGGGGUCUAGAAGACCCCCCCUUGACUCACAAACGCCCCCACCUUGGUGACUCCACAGAUAAGGAGGGGCUGGAAGGAGGGACGCUGUGUGGGCCCGCCCCUCCCCCAGGUUCUGGGAUGGGCCCUAGUUCUCGAUACCCUUGCACACAGGUGGAUCACAGAGACUCUGAGGGGGGGCUGUCCCCCAGGUCUCCACCGCUCUCACCAAGCCACACCCCCUCUCGACGGCCAACUCAGCACAAUCAUGACAGACCUAUUCCAGAUGUCUUUGCUCCGCUCUCACCUAAAUCCCCCCCAAUGUGUGACCUUAACGGACUCCUCUGUGACUCUUUUGGAAACUCCCCCAGGACUGAUCCACCGAGCAGUGGCCGAACCCCCCCUUUCUCACUGGGCAGCCCCGGACAUGACGGCUGUAGUAAUGUCUCAGCCGGAGGUCAGCCCAGCUCAUACCUGUUUGAAAUGUCUACAUAUGAAACCCGGAGCCCCGCCAGCCCCACCAGUCCUCCAGGACCCUUCUCCCCCCCACACCACACAGAGCUGCAGGAACCGGGGGAGGCCACAGAAUGGGAGGUGGGACUUGAAUCCUCCCCACCUGAGCGAAGCGCCACUCAGACAGCCUCAUCAUCUUCUAAAGGUUUGGCUUCCUGGGAGAAGACCCCCACCAGUAACGGCCACCGUUUGUCGUCUGGGGGCCAUUAUCCGGCCAAAAAGAGGCUGUUGUCACCAAGUGACACCGGGGAGUCGUGUUCAGAGGACGAGGGCCCUUCCACCUCCAAGAGGAGCAGGUUGUCCCUGUUGGCUCCAGGGCUGGGCCUGGCUUCCUGUCGUAGUACUGAUGCUAAAGCAGCGCCGUACUGGAACCACCUGCUGCCAUCACCAUGGGACCGGCCCAAGACGGCAACAGAUUGUACAAGACCAGGGAGGAGACUAAAGAACGGGCAGCGAUUGAAAAGUCGACAGCUUCGCAGCGGUCGACACGCAGACUCUGGGCGGUCCACACGUUCCAGUUGGCCGUCAUCUUCCAUCAGCAGAUCUCUACUGGGAAACUUUGAGGAGUCGAUACUGAAGGGGCGGUUCUCGCCAUCGGGUCAGAUCGAAGGUUUCACAGCAGAAAUUGGCGCCAGUGGCUCGUACUGUCCACAGCACGCCACCCUGCCCGUACAGGUCACGUACUACGACAUCUCAGAGCACAGCGCCCCCUCACCCUUCCUGGGGGUUAUUUCCCUGGAGCCUCUGGGAAAGAAAGGAUACAGCAUCCCCAAAGCAGGGACCAUUCAAGUGACCUUAUUUAACCCUAACAAAACUGUGGUGAAGAUGUUCCUGGUGACCUACAACUUCGACGACAUGCCUGUCAAUCACAUGACGUUCCUGCGCCACCGCAUCUUCCUGGUGCCUGUGGAGGAGGGGGUGGAGGGGAAAGGCGGGGCCACGCCAGGGGGCGGAGUCUUAGACAGGAAGAAAAUCCUCUGCUACCUGAUACAUCUCAGAUUCCAGAGUUCCAAAUCUGGAAAGAUCUACUUGCACAACGAUAUCCGGCUGCUAUUCUCCCGUAAAUCCAUCGAAGUGGACACAGGGAUCCCUUAUGAGCUGAAAUCUUUCACCGAGGUGCCAAAAAACCCCAAAUACUCCCCCCGAGUGUGACCUCAGCUUCACCCCUGACCCCAACCCCCCACCCCCCACCCCCCAAAAAGAAUCAGCCAACGCAGCCCCUCCUGUGCUUCCUAAAGAGGAGGGAAAGAGGGAAGAAACCAGACGUUAGAACGAUGGUCGACACGAAACCUGCGAAGAGUGGAUGAGACGAAUCUGCACAUGACUCACAGCUGCACAUAUGAUGAUAUGAUGAAAGACUGUGGAAAUCCAGCCUUUUUUACACAUUUACGUUCAUUAAAACAUGGCAAAACAAACUUCCAUUAACUUCCGCUGACUUAAAAAGUACUGAAUACUACAGCAUCUGGAUUCAAAAAGGGAGGAGGUUUACAUCAACUUCAUCUGUACAAAA